AUGGCGGCCCCUGUGCUGCGAGACAUCCCUCUGCUCCCUGGAUCUCCGCGUCGGCUGAGUUCUCGGACAUUGGCCAGAGGAAGCCAGGGCCCCAAGCACGAGCAGCAAUACCUCAAAGUGCCAGGUCCCCGGGCCCCAGGUCAGAGGGACAGUUCUAGCCAGGUCUCCAGGAGAGAGUGUUCCCGGGACAGUUCUGUCAUCAAUAACUACCUGGAUGCCAAUGAACCUGCAUCCUCAGAAGCUCGUCUGAGCCGCAUGCACUUCCAUGACAACCAGAGGAAAGUCGAUUAUGUGCUUGCGUACCACUACCGGAAACGAGGAGCACACCUGGGUCAUGGCUCCCCUGGACACUCGCUGGCUGUUGUCUCCAAUGGGGAGACGGGCAAGGAGCGCCAUGGUGGGGGCCCUGGCGAUAUUGAACUUGGGCCACUGGACGCUCUGGAAGAGGAAAGGAGGGAGCAGCGAGAUGAAUUUGAACACAACCUGAUGGCAGCUGGGCUGGAGCUGGAGAAAGACUUGGAGAGCAAAAGCCAGGGAUCUGUCUUUGUCCGGAUCCACGCCCCAUGGCAGGUGCUGGCCAGGGAAGCAGAAUUCUUGAAGAUCAAAGUCCCCACCAAGAAAAUGUACGAGAUCAAAGCCGGAGGCAGCAUCGCAAAGAAGUUCAGUGCCAUUCUGCAGACGCUCAGCUCACCCCUGCAGCCCAGAGUUCCUGAACACAGCAACAACAGGAUGAAAAACCUCUCCUAUCCAUUCUCCAGGGAAAAAAUGUACCUAUACAACAUCCAGGAAAAAGACACCUUCUUUGACAAUGCUACCCGGAGCCGCAUCGUGCAUGAGAUUCUGAAGCGCACAGCCUGCUCCCGAGCCAACAACACGAUGGGCAUUAACUCUCUGAUAGCAAACAAUAUCUACGAGGCUGCCUACCCUCUGCAUGACGGUGAAUAUGACAGUCCAGGAGAUGACAUGAAUGACAGAAAGCUGCUGUAUCAGGAAUGGGCACGCUAUGGAGUGUUUUACAAAUUUCAACCCAUUGACCUCAUCCGGAAGUAUUUUGGAGAGAAAAUUGGGCUGUAUUUUGCAUGGCUGGGGUUGUACACAGCAUUCCUCAUCCCAUCAUCUGUCAUUGGGGUGAUCGUGUUUCUGUAUGGAUGUGCGACAAUUGAGGAAGACAUCCCCAGCAAAGAGAUGUGUGACCACCAGAAUGCCUUCACCAUGUGUCCCCUGUGUGACAAGUCCUGUGACUAUUGGAACCUCAGCUCAGCCUGUGGGACUGCACGAGCCAGCCAUCUGUUUGACAAUCCAGCCACUGUCUUCUUCUCCAUCUUCAUGGCUCUGUGGGCUACCAUGUUUCUGGAAAAUUGGAAGAGGCUCCAGAUGCGGCUGGGCUACUUCUGGGACCUGACUGGGAUAGAAGAGGAAGAAGAACACUCCCGGCCAGAGUAUGAAACGAAAGUACGAGAGAAACUGUUAAAGGAGAGCGGCAAGUCAGUGGUUCAGAAACUGGAUUCCAACUCACCGGAGGAUGAUGAGCCAGAGUCCCUGGGGGAACAGCCUUCACGGUAA